AUGUCAAACAUUAGUCGAAUUGUCAACUCGAUCUUUCCUGCUUCCAACGAGAACAAUUUGUCACUUGCAACAAUCAAUUUUGAUUUUUCAUUAUUUCAAAUUGAAGCGCCAAAAGAAUUCAGGCCACUCGGAUCUGCCAUCGCGAAAGCUCGUCGUCAGGAUGCCGAGGAAGGCAAGCCACACCAAACGGCCCGUAGGUUGGGAGCCCUCUUCGAGGACGUUCUUCCGUCGUUCCCCAGACUAGUCGAAGCCUUUGGUCAAAGGGUUUCGGAGAUUGUGCAGGAUCCAAAGAUCAAUCCUGCAGGGACUGCUGCUGAUGGUUGCUUUCGUCCUUUUGUUGGGGCUGAUGGGACAACUCUUUGGGCUGCCGCAACGUCCGGAAUCCCCGCAAUUGGUGUAUACUUACUAUCAUGCCUGUUAGCUCAGGCCUGGGAUCCCAAAGAGGCAACUGCACUAUGGGUCGAGCUCGUGAAGCAACGACAGCAGGAGAUUUUGUCCAAGCUCGCCAACAAUCAUAUCGUUUCACAGUCAUCCGUGUUCUGUGCAAAGCAGCACAUCUCACGAGAGGAUUUGGCUAUUUGGGACAAUAGUGCCCGCUCCUUUAUACGGAGUGCGAAUCAAGCGAAGCAAAGAGAGUCUGAUCAACUUAUGUUGAUUGCUAAAAAUCUUCCUUAUCCAAUCAGAUCCUCGGGAUCCACCUAUGCCAGUGUAAUGUUUGUCUGGAAAGAGGCUCUAGUUAAUCUAGAGGCUCUGCUUUCCGGAACUCCUGUCGAUGCGUCCAGUGGGCUACUUCUCCUGGCGUUUCGAUCCUGGUAUCUCUUUCCGGAUCUGAUUGUACUAGGAGAUGGAGCCCCGAAGCAUGUUAAGUUCCGUGAUAGGUUGUUCCCGGCAGGGGGCAGAUGCACGCUUGGCCAGGAGAGACAGAUUGCCCACAACCUAGAGGGAAAGGGGAUUCAAUGGUCUUUGACAUUUUCACAUUUACGGUACUAUGGUGACCCUGUGGUGGUCCAAAACGAUGACUUCAAGGGAAAAGUCCGCCGUGUGCGUGAUAUUUGUACGAAAAUCCCACGGACGAUACCACCCGGGAGUCCCCUGAAAGAUUACCGUUUGAAUCCAGAGAUGCUGUCCGACUAUCUCAGCUUUGUCACAAGGAGGGCGGACGACGAUAUCAAUGAAAUGAAGAAAGUAUCCAGCGAGCGUGACAGAUGGUUUGAGCAGAAUACUCCGGGUAUUUACUUGACAGGACAACCAUCGCUGCCAAUCGAGUUCUGUAAAACUCUGUUUACUCUUGAGCUUGCCUCAAUUGUAUAUGACCACUUAGAAGAUGCUACAAUUUCUCUGGGAGCAUCUUUAACCAAGCCUCUUUCUCGGAGUAAAUGGGUGCCUAGACCAAUUUGUGAGCAGUUACAGCUUGGCAAAGAACACACAAACUCGGUCGCUAAGAUCCCGCCUAUGCUAACAGUACCAUUGAAUCGCCAACAGGCCUUUUCAUGCGUGGCCAGAUUUGAGUCUGGGCAUGUUGAGCUAGAUCCAGAGGAUCUAAAUUCAGCUCUAGCUUUGUGUUCAGAGGAUUCUUUGUAUGUUGCUGCCGUCGUCCUGGUCGAUCCAUUUGAGCAGCCAGAAGCACACGAACUGCGGCGUAUUGUUGGAAACAUUGGCCAUCCGGGAAUCAGUGUGCUUAUUGCACCAGAGGAGCCAAGAAUGCGCCAGCCAAGCAACGAGCACACCGCGAUCUCACAUGUUUCCUACGACUUCCAACGCGAGAAUAAUUUCAGUGGGACAUCCUUACAUCUUUCCUUCACGGACUGGCGGCUCCCCCUGGAAGCCGGCGGUGAUCGAACGAUUGAUCAAGGUGUUUUUGUCGUUGAAGCUGUUAUCUCUGUCUUGGAUAGGGGGAAGUGGGUUGCGGACCUAGACAUACUUUGUAUCGACUUCGAAAUGCUAUCUCGCAUUAUCAAGGAAUGCGACCAACAUGAACGCGAGGAUCACGACCUAGACUAUGACUAUACUUCUAUCGACAACUGGGAUGAGCUGCUCGAUACCCCUGAAGGUGUUGGAAUCUUCCGGGCUCAUGGCAAUUGGGCUGCCCGGCUCGCAGCUGUUAGCAUUCUAUCGCAAAGAGGUCAGGGACAUAGUAUUGGAUUGUUUGGGGCUGGCAACAUUUGUUUCAAAUGUUUGGAGGGGGCCACAGUAGACAAUGUGGAUUAUUUAAUGGCUAAUGAAUCGCCAUUGCCGUCAGUCUGCAUAGAUUAG